AUGAACUCGCUCUACACUCUCGCACUGCGCCAGUCGAGCGCACUCUCGGCAGACCUCAAGCACCUCGACUCGCUCGCCGACCCGGCCUCGGCCUCCUCCUCGUCGUCGAAACCGCCCGCGUCGCUCCACGGCCAGGUCAACGCCUCGCUCGCCGCCCUCGAGCGCACCGUCGACGACUAUGACGCCAUGGCCCGCCGCGAGAUCAUCGACGCAAAGCGCGAAAAGGCCCUGUCGCGCGUCGCCCGCUUCCGUCAAGACCUCGCAGAGUUCCGCAACGAGUACGACCGCGUAAAGCUCCGCGCUCGACAACAAGAAACCGCCUCGAACCGGUCUGAGCUGUUCGCCUCGUCGUCGUCGGCCGCCAACCCGUACGCCGCGUCCACCUCUGCCUCUGCCUCGUCCUUCUCGUCCCAACACGCCUACGGCACCUCCGCAGACUACGCCGGGUCGGUCCACAACAACGCGCGCACGAACCACGCCCUGCGCGAGCACGACUUUGUCCAGUCGACCGGCGCCACCCUCGACGCCUACCUCGCCCAGGGGCAGGCCGUCCUCGGCAACCUGGCCAACCAGCGCGACGUCAUGAAGGGCACCCAGCGCCGGCUCUUGAGCGCAGCCAACACGCUCGGCCUGAGCCGGUCCACCAUCACGUUCAUCGAGCGGCGCACAAAGGAGGACUACUACAUCCUCGUCGGCGGCGGCAUGGCGACACUCGUGUGCUUCUGGAUGAUCCUGCGGUACUUUGGCUGAGGGCGCGAGGGCGGGCGGGCCGGCGAGGCGGGGCGCGAGGAGGAAGAGGAGGAGCGAGCGGUUGUAGAUACCGAGGUCCAGCUCGAUACGGGCUCGUGCUCGUGCAGUCGCAGUGCGGUACCUGUG